CGGAAUCCCCAAAUAGUCUGCAUCUUAAAGUCUCCAUCGUUUUGGCUGCUCCAAGAGAUGGCCAUUUAUGCCGAUUGUAAAUGCUGGCGUCCAUUCAAGCAUCCCCGAAGCCCUAUAAAAGGCUGGGUACCUCCGUGAGUCUGCAUCGCGGUUUCUUCUUUGCUUCCUGUUGUCUACUACUUGUCGUGGAGAGUUGUUCCAGUGAGUCCUGCCAGAGCCCGCCGCCGUGGUUGCAGUCUCCGGGCUGGCCGUCAUAUCCUGCGAGGUCAGUCGUCGUAGCCUGUUGCAACCGGAACAGGGCGCGUCUGCCUUCAGGACAGCGCCUCCGGCGUGCUUUGACCGUUGUCUCUGUUUCCAGAUCUGUUCUUCGUCGACUUUCUGAAAACGACGUCGACGCGUUCAGCGGGUUUUGGACAAAGAGAGAAACCAUGUCGUCGGCAACGAGGAAGGUGAUCUUGAAGGCCUCCGACGACGUUGUCUUUGAGAUCGACGAAGCGGUGGCCUUCCAGUCGGUGGUAAUUAAGUUCGCAAUCGAGGAUUGCCACGAUAAUUACAUCCGGUUGCCCAACGUCACGAGCAAGAUUUUGGAGAAGGUGAUCGAUUAUUGCAAGAGGCACCUCGAGGCUGAAGAGUCUCCUUAUCAGCAGGCCCGGGACGACCUCGAGGCUUUUGAUGCUGAAUUUGUCAAAGUAGAUCAGGCCACGCUGUUUGAUCUCAUUCAGUGUGCCAAGGGGUCUGAUCCUCUAGAAAUGAAGCAUUUUGACUUUUGGGGUUUCAAACGAGAGAGAAGCAUGUCAUUGUCGCCAUCGUUGUUGAGGAGGAAGGUGACAUUGAAGAGCUCCAACAGCAUUAUCUUUGAGAUUGAUGAAGCAGUGGCCUUCAAGUUGCAGAUGAUUAAGUUCGCAAUUUAGGUUUGCGAUGACAAUGUCAUUCAAUUGCCCAACAUGAUGAGCAAGAUUUUGGAGAAGCUGGUUGAGUAUUGCAAGAGGCACGUCAAGGAUGAACAGUCUUCUCCAUACAAACAGACCCAAGAGGACCUCAAGACUUUCGAUUUCCAAUUUGUCAAAGUUGAUCACAGCACUCUGUUUGAUCUCAUUCACAUAUGAGAUCCCCAUGCCUCGUUCUUGCGAAUCAAUUAUUAUCAGUUACCCAAAAACAAAAACUUGCGCAUAUCUUGAUUUCUCCCUAAAACAACAUGAGUUGUAAUAGCCUUUAUUAAGGUUAUUGAUGCACACCACAGGUUUACUAUAGAAUAUUCGAAUGUUGAACUCAUCUGAACUAAAUUGGUUAUUGACAGUCUUCAAUUCACACGACACAGCGACCAUUAACACAGGAAAAUGGAAUUAAACUUCAAAAACUGGAAACUGAUGGAUCAAUAAUACUAAUUUUGUAUGUUUUGUUUCUCUGAUCCAUCUUUGUGUUAUGUAGAAAUUACAGAUGAUGAUAUGCUUUGAUAGCCAUUUUAAAACAUAGGAGAUGAACGUAAUGUUUUUGAUCUAAAAUUGCUGCAAGAUGAUUGUUGCAGACCACACUUACCAGAGAUGUGAAUGUUGCUCAAAACAAACGUUCUUGAAUCGUCAAUUGUAGGAACAUGGUGUUCAUAUAUUUGGAAUGUCCUCUUUCUAUUAAUUGAAUAGAGCUGGGAACCAGCCAAACCUUUUGCUAGAAUUGGGAUUAUUGGUAGUUCUCUUCCUUUUUAGAGGCAAGUGAUUAACGGGGAAUGGCAACCUAUUGGAAAGGGAGGCAAUAGUGACGAAGUUUCAGGACCCGCUCUUGUAUCCGUUAUUUGUUCAAUCUCAUUUGCCUUUCCAAUGCAUUAUUUUGUCGUACUUUUAGUCUUUAUGAGUCCUUUCUUUGAAGGAUUUUACCAAACAAGGACUUGUAUUGAGCUCCAUUAGCAUAAUUUGUUGGAACGUUUUUACUUGAAUUAUGUGCUGGUCUAAUGACCAAUGGAUGAUUAUUUUUUCUAAUCGUUACGGAUUAGUAGGGGCAUGCAUAUAGCUCAUAUAUCUUUUCCAUUACCUGUUGUCAGCUUUUUGAAUAUUUAUUUUUGGAUAUGACCAUGAAUAGAAAUAGCUGAAGAUCUGGAAUUCAUAUAUUCAACCCCCGCUUAAUGGGAUUAAGUUUAUGACUGUUGCAUUCUGAAUAUCUGUUUUUCUUCUGAUUUCUAUCUUCUUGGGGCAAAACCUGCAUCUUGUUUUCAGAAUUUUUGGUUUUGAUUGUAAUGUUCCCUUGUACUUGUGUAAUAGUUUUCUGAUAAUUUCUUCCUAGCUGCCAUUCAGAAUGUUUUAUUUGUAAUCAUAUGAGCGUGUAACAUGUUCUGUAAGAUAGUUAGGGGCAUAGCUAAAAGAAGUGGGAGGGUAAUUUCUCAUUUCAAAGAAAUAUUAAUGGUUUUACCAAUCUGAAUAUAGCAUCAUGAAUUCAUCAUUUCAUGCCCCAUACAUUCUUCCAAUCCCAGUCUCGUUUUGGGUU